AUGUCAUCCUUGAGCAUCUCUUUCUAUAAACAGCCCUGGCUCCUUCUCCGACCCCUGCACGUUGGCUGUCGCGCGUGCGCGCGUGCCCGUCUUUUGUGUCAGCCGUCACCCCGGCCGGCAACUUUCCAGCCCGUUCAGCUUACUUGCCAAAUAUGGAAACCCAGGCAGGGUCGGAGGUGGCACGGAGUCACGACACCUGGUGCUUAUGCGGGCCUUGAGGGGGGCCAGCCUGGUGGUGACUCUGUGAGUGAGAGACGUCCACUGCCGUUUGGAUGUGUGUGUCAUGAUUGCACGCACGUCCUGUGGUUGAAGGUGCUCGUCGUCCGUGGAAGCCUUGCACCAGGCACCAACCGCUCGCUCUUCGCUAGGUCCCGCCAGCAUCUAUGUUAUUAG